CAUUCGACAGAAGUUGCCGCCAUGCUCCGUCAUUCGAUCGCCGCUUUCCUGCUUCUGGCUACGUGCAAAGGGCUGAAGUACCCGCACUACGAGCAGGUGUUUCGUGAUCCUGCCACCUACGACAUGCUGUACAGUUCCGCGUCCGGCCCCAUCAACGAGACGUGGUACUUCAACCGGAAGGUCAACCUCACCGCCCUCGUACUGCCCUCGCAAAUUGUCAGCUACUGCCAGAGCGGAAACCAGUCAGCAGGUUCGUGGGCUAAGUCACCUUACGAGGAGAAUCUGGAGGUCCGCGUCUACGAGAGCAGCCAGGGGUCGGCCGCUGGCGGGCGGCUGGUGGCGGUGGGCAGGUACCUGGGGAACGCGACCUCUGGCGAGGAGCUGAGGGUCACGCUGGUGGCGGCGGCGGGCGCCAAAGUGAACGCUUACAGCAGCCUCAUGCCGCAGCCACCCACCAUGGCAGCCUACAACGGCACCAGCGGCAGUCCCAGCUACGUCGUCAGCGUCGCCUUCAAGAACUCCGGGCUGUACCCCUGGUACCUGCGGCGCGACCUCGCCACGCUGUCACCGCUUACCGAGAUAAACAACGAGCAGGGAUUCGUCAUCGGACUCGCCUUUGUGCUCGUGUGAGGGACCUAUCUUGUUCCUACUGUGUAGUCGGGGCAGACGCCAGGGAAACGGCCUAUCAAGUCGUACGUAAGUCGUUUAGCUGAGUCAACACAGUGAGGUUCUGCUAAGAAAAAGUUAUCGCAGUACAUAAGAAAAACAAUGUGCAAAUAAAUGAGCAGCAACUGUGUCGACAAUAAAAGGUUUAAAAUAAAU